AUCGAAUCUAUUAUUCACUCUCUUCCACAAUCCCUCUUCCGUAGCCAUCGACCGCGAUUCUCCAACCUUCAGGCUAAUGAUUUUCUGUAUUUAAAAGAAUGAGGAUGGCUAAGGAAGAACCAUCUAGUAGGGACACACAGGUGAUAGACAUGAUAUCAGCAGUGAAGGAAUUACAUGGGCUUAAGUCUCAAGAUCUUUAUAGAUUAUUGAGGGAUGCUGAAAAUUUUACUAUUCAUCACCAUACUGGAAAAGGAUUGCUGCUGAAGAUUGAUAUGGACAAGCUUGCAGGAUCUCUUCCAUUGCACCUUACUGCAAUGCUAAUCUCAUCUGAUAGAGAUGAAGCUAUGUUCAGAUACUUGUUAUGUGGUAUUCGUCUGUUGCAUUCCUUGUGUGAUUUAGCUCCCCGUCUUCCUAAACUUGAUCAGAUUUUCCUAGAUGAUGUGAAAGUGUUGGAACAGAUGAUUGAUUUGGUUUUCUACAUGCUUAUUGUUCUUAGUGGCUACAGACAGGAAGACCAUACUUAUAGUCCUAUGUACCUUUUGCAUUCAGCUCUUGUAGCAUGCAACUUAUAUCUAUUAACAGGGUUUAUAUCGACAAAAUGGCAAGAUGUUGUCCAUGUUUUGCUUGCACACCCAAAGGUUGACAUAUUUAUGGAUGCGGCUUUUGGGUCAGUUCGCUUGGUUGUUAGGUGUCUUGAGAUUACACUGGUAGCUUGCUUUAAAGAUUUUUCCAUGGAAUCAAAUCUUUCAGCUGAACAAGUAGUUUAUUAUCUCUGCCAGCAGUGUGAGGCUUCUUUGCAGUUUCUUCAGUCAUUGUGCCAACAGAAGUUGUUUAAGGAGCGCCUGCUAAAGAAUAAGGAACUAUGUGGAAAGGGCAGCAUUCUUUUUUUGGCUCAAUCAAUUUUGAAGAUAAACAUUCAACCAUCUUUUCCAACUAGGAUUGUGGCUGCAAUUUCAAGGCUAAAAGCUAAAGUACUAUCUAUUCUGCUGAGCUUGUGUGAAGCAGAAAGCCUUUCUUAUCUUGAUGAAGUUGCCAGCUCAUCAGAAGGUUUAGAAUUGGCUAAAUCUGUCGCUUUGGAGGUUUUUGACUUGUUGAAGACUGCUUUCGGAAGAGAUCCUAGACAUAUGACUACUACUGACAGAAGUUACCCCAUGGGGCUUUUACAGCUUAAUGCAAUGCGUCUAGCUGACAUCUUCUCUGAUGAUUCAAACUUUCGAUCUUACAUGACGGUUUAUUUUACUAAAGUGCUGACAGCAAUAAUAUCACGCUCCCAUGGAGAUUUUAUAUCUGGUUGGUGUUCGUUUAAUCUCCCAGUAACAGAGGAGGAUGCAAGUCUUGAAUAUGAUAUAUUUGUUGCAGUGGGAUGGAUUUUGGAUAAUACUUUACUGGAUCUCCGGAAUGCAACAAUUUUGGAAUUACAUCUAAAACCUAAUAGAAUGCCUUGUGCUUCUUAUGCACAUCACAGGACAUCCUUAUUUGUUAAGAUCAUUGCAAAUCUUCAUUGUUUUGUUCCCAACAUAUGUGAAGAGCAGGAGAGGAACUUUUUCGUUCUCAAGGUCCUGGAGUGCUUGCAGAUGGAUCUAUCUAAUUUGCUGCCUGGGUUAUCUUUUGCUUCUGAUGCUCCUAAAGCUGCAACUGUUAGCAAGAACCUUCGCUCAUUGUUAAGUCAUGCAGAAUCUUUGAUUCCGAACUUUUUAAAUGAGGAGGAUGUACAUCUUCUAAGGGUGUUUUCUGGCAAAUUACAAUCACUAAUUACUUCUACUGGCUUCGGGGGAAAUCACGUUCAAGAUAGCAAAUUUGAGGAGUCAUUAUCUUUGGAUACGUUUUCUAAACUCAUCAACAAACAUUAUCAGGAGGCUCAGAGUACAGGGAGAUGCUCAUCACCUUUUCUAGUAAAAGAACUUGCUGAACUUAAUAAGAAGGAUGGUAACUUGAAGGAGGGAAUGUCUGAGAAUUCUGCAUUUCCAGGCAUAAGCCAGCAUAAUACCAGAGCUGAAAACACAAAUCAAGGCGAUGACCAAAAUAGGCAAGAUCAGGUAGCAGAUAAAGGCAGAGCUGGUAAAACUGUGUCAAGAAGACCAAGAGAUACAGACAAGGACUCUCAGAAUGCUGAAACGAGUGGUUCAGAUACUAGUUCUGCGAAGGGAAAGAAUGUUAUUGAUCAUAUGGAUAAUGGCAAGCUCUCAAAAUCAAUUGAGCAUCAUAAAAAAGUUGUAGUUGGAGAAACUCCAGAGGAUGAAAAGGUUGAAACUGUGCAGAGGAGAAAACGAAAGCGAACUAUAAUGAAUGAUAAACAGGUGAAAUUGAUUGAGAGGGCACUCUUGGAUGAGCCUGAUAUGCAGCGAAAUGCAGCUUCGCUUCAAUCAUGGGCUGAUAAAUUAAGUCUCCAUGGUUCUGAGGUUACAUCUUCUCAGCUUAAAAAUUGGUUGAACAAUCGAAAAGCUAGGCUAGCCCGCACAGCUAAGGAUGUUCGAGCAGCAGAUGUAGAUAAUCCAGUGCCAGAUAAGCAGAGAAGGCCAUUACUAGGGCCCUAUGACUCACCUGAGAGUCUUGGUGAUGAGUCAAAUGCAAGAAAAGGUCUUCUUAGUCUCGCGAGAAUAGCCUCUGGCGAUAAUUCUGAGCCUUCACUGGCUGAAUUUGUUGAUGCUGGUCCUCCAGAAUUUGUUCGUUGCAAGUUGGGUCAGUAUGUUAUGCUUGUAGAUGUGCGAGGAGAUGAGAUUGGCAAAGGGAAGGUAGUUCACGUGCAUGGCAAUUGGCAUGGGAAGAGCUUGGAGGAAUUAGAGACCUAUGUUGUGGAUGUUUGUGAGCUUAAGGUUGAUAAAGGGUUGCGGCUACCGUACCCAUCAGAAGCCACUGGCACCUCAUUUGCUGAGGCUGAAACAAAGUUAGGUGUCAUGAGAGUGUUAUGGGAUUCACGCAAAAUUUUUGUAUUGUAGUCUGAAUGAGUAUUGCUUCAGUUUCUGCUCUCUUGCUGCCAGCUUCAUGUUGUUAUCAAUAUUCCUUGCGGUUGGUUCCCUGUAUCUUCUGUCUCGUCAAUUGUGCACAUGACCUCUUAUGGGGUGCAAGUGUAAGAGGAGGAGGCUGCUCAAAUGAUCAACACAGCAACACUGGUUGCUCCUUUCCUUGAAUGUUAGCUAAUGGGAUAACGAAUGCUAUUGCAGAAAAGAAAAGAAGACAAACAAAACUAUGCCAAAUGGAAAGAUUACCAUUUGUCAUUGAGGGAAAGGGGAGAAGGUGGGAGAGAACAGUUAAGGAGAAAGCAAGGGUGAUUUAGCAAGGAAAGAUAAUUUAUGAUAUCAAAAAGAGCCAUCCGGCAGCAAAAAAUUGUUAUUGUCUUGUGCAGAACAUGUUUAUCAGAAAUAGCUAGCAACAUGACUAUCUGCUAAACAAUGGUAAGGGUUGAUGAAAUUUGAAAUUGGAUAUUCCAAAUCUUGAG